AUGGCGCGGCGAAGCAGAAUGCGCCCCUACCUCGACCAAUUCUGCCAGCUGCCCAAUCAGGGAUACAUUGUGUGCAUCAUUGGACCGAUGUUCAGCGGGAAAACGACCGAGCUGAUCCGAAUCCACGACCGUUACAAGAUUGCCAAGAAGAAGUGUGUGUUGGUGAAAUAUGAUGGGGAUAUGCGAUACGAUGCACACCACAUUACCACCCAUCAACAACAAAAAGCCCUGGGAUGUACCGUAGUUGCCCAUCGACUGGCCGACGUACGCGAGACGCUCUUUGACGAGGACGUCGAAGUUGUGGCGAUCGAUGAGGGGCAAUUCUACGACGACCUGGCCUCUACCUGUGAACAGCUUGCUGCCGAUGGGAAGAUUGUCAUCGUCGCGGCCCUCAAUGGAGAUUUCAUGAGACGGCCGUUCGCCGAGGUGUCCAAGCUGAUAUCGUUCUCCAACGACGUCCGGAAUCUGUCGGCUGUUUGCAUGCGCUGUGGCACGGAUGCAUCAUACACAUUCAGGAACACCAAAGAAACACAGGUCGAAGUCAUCGGCGGCUCCGACACGUAUCAAGCUCUCUGCCGUGCCUGCUAUUAUGCAUCUUCAAUUGCUAAGUGCCACGACACGUGCUCCAAGCCCAACCGCCGCACCUGCAAUGGA